GACAUCAAGGAGUCGGGCCGCUACAAAGUGACCAACAGAGGCCACUUUCAAGCGAAGAGGAGACCCGCAGCGGGCUCGAUAAGUAUUUUAAUAUCGACACGUCGCCGUUUAGCUUUUACUUGGGUUAAUAGAGAAAAAAACAAAAUAGAAAAAGGAAGAAAAAAUAAGUUCUAUCCUUUUAUCUUGCAGCGAAAAUGAACUCCCCGGACAGGUGCGUUGACAGGUUAAUUACCAGCGAAGUUACGCGUCGGUUUCACCUCGCGUCUUUAGAUGAGCGCGUCUGUUGAUUUGAAAUUCACCAAUUCAACAUUCGACAGAAGAAAAUGGAGCAAAAGCGUUAUUUUUCUUGUGGAAGCGAGUCGUCGUCGUCGUCGUCCGGCUCGGACACGAUGUCAGAGGGCGAAGGAGAAGCGACGCCCGAGCUGGACGUCCAAGUUCCCGCAGGCGAUGCUCGCGACUCGGACCGCGAGAGCGUCAACGAGCCGGAGGAAGACGCGGAGCCCCCGGGGGGCGAGGUGAGCGGGGACGAGCCGGAGGAAGACGCGGAGCCCCCGGGGGGCGAGGAGAGCGGGGACGAGCCGGAGGAAGACGCGGAGCCCCCGGGGGGCGAGGGGAGCGGGGACGAGCCGGAGGAAGACGCGGAGGAGAGCGGGGACGAGGACGAGAAGUUAGACCACAUCCUCUACCCUUCCUGCACCUACCUGAGGAAGUCCAGUAACCCGGAGCUCACUCACGGAUUGAGUCCCGCCCUGAAGUUCCGGCGACAGCUCGGCGAGGACGGAGGGAGCGUUCGCAGACGGAGCCUCGGCGGGGGUCUCACGGGAAAGUACCUGCUGCUGCCCUCCGGCCACCAGCCGACGCAGACGGCGUGGCUCCCGUCACCGGACUCCUCCAACCUGCUGCGCAUGCGUUCCAUCCAACUGGGGAAGUCCGACCCCUCCCUCACCUCCAGCCUGAAGGAGCUGAGUCUUCCUCGAAGAGGCAGCUUCCUGACUCCCCGAAGCUCGAGCCCCACUCCCACUAGCCCCUGCAGCCCGUGCAGCCCGCUGCACGCGUUCCAUUUCUGGAGUUGCGAAACCAGCAACAGGAAAAGCCUGAUAGGAAGCGCUCAGUCCUCAGGUCUCCCACGACCUCACUCCCCCCUCUCAUCUCUCACAGGAACGAGCCCCCAGGACAGUCCCAGAAACUUCUCCCCGAGCGCCUCGGCUCAUUUCUCUUUUGCACGAAGUCAUUGCCACAGAGCCGACAGGACUGACGGUCGCCGCUGGUCGUUGGCCUCCCUCCCCUCCUCCGGAUAUGGAACCAACACGCCCAGCUCCACCGUCUCAUCAUCCUGUUCAUCACAGGAGAAGCUGCACCAGCUGCCCUUCCAGCCGACGCCCGACGAGCUGCACUUCCUCUCCAAGCACUUCUGCACUGAGAGCAUCUCCGGGGAGGAGUGCCGCCGGGCGACGGCCAUGCGACCCCGCUCGCGCAGCCUCAGCCCCGGAAGAUCCCCAUCGUGUUACGACCACGAGAUUAUCAUGAUGAACCACGUCUACAAGGAGCGCUUUCCCAGGGCCACGGCUCAGAUGGAGGAAAAGAUUCAGGAGAUCAUCCGCAGCAACUCCCCAGAGAGCGUCCUCCCUCUGGCAGACGGCGUGCUCGGCUUCGCCCACCACCAGAUCGUGGAAUUAGCCCGCGACUGCCUGGAGAAGAGCCGGCUCGGCCUCGUCACCUCCAGCUACUUCUGCGAGCUCACCGACAAGCUGGAGAGGCUCGUCCAGGAGUCCACCGAGCGAUCGGAAAGCGAGGAGGUGAACGUCAUCAAAGAGCUGGUGAAGAAGAUCCUCAUCAUCAUAGCCCGACCCGCUCGCCUGCUGGAAUGUCUGGAGUUCGACCCGGAAGAGUUUUACCACCUCUUGGAGGCCGCCGAAGGACACGCCAAAGAGGGCCAGGGCAUCAAGACGGACAUCCCCCGUUACAUCAUCAGCCAGCUGGGACUCACCAGGGAUCCUCUAGAAGAAAUCGCUCAGCUGACCAGCUGUGACAGCGGCAUUGCAGAAACGCCGGAGACGGACGACUCGUCUCAGAGCCUCAGCACGGCGCUGCGCUGCCGGCGUAAACCCUGCGAAUUGGACUUUGAGAUGACAAAACUCAUCAGCAACGGCGCCUACGGAGCUGUUUAUCUGGUCCGCCACAAGGAGACGAAGCAGCGGUUCGCCAUGAAAAAGAUCAACAAGCAGAACCUGAUUCUGAGGAACCAGAUCCAGCAGGCCUUCGUGGAGAGAGACAUCCUCACCUUCGCCGAGAACCCGUUCGUGGUGUCCAUGUUCUGCUCGUUCGAGACCCGCCGGCACCUGUGCAUGGUCAUGGAGUACGUGGAAGGCGGCGACUGUGCCACCCUGCUGAAGAACAUGGGCCCCCUGCCCGUGGACAUGGCCCGCAUGUACUUUGCAGAGACGGUGCUGGCCCUGGAGUACCUCCACAACUACGGCAUCGUCCACCGGGACCUCAAGCCAGACAAUUUGCUGGUAACGUUGAUGGGACACAUCAAGCUGACGGAUUUCGGGUUGUCCAAAGUGGGGCUGAUGAACAUGACCACCAACCUGUACGAGGGGCACAUCGAGAAAGACGCCAGGGAGUUCUCCGACAAGCAGGUGUGCGGAACCCCGGAGUACAUCGCGCCCGAGGUGAUCCUGCGGCAGGGCUACGGGAAGCCGGUGGACUGGUGGGCGAUGGGCAUCAUCCUCUACGAGUUCCUGGUGGGCUGCGUGCCGUUUUUCGGAGACACCCCGGAGGAGCUGUUCGGUCAGGUCAUCAGCGACGAAAUCAACUGGCCCGAGGGAGAGGACGCUCCUCCUCCGGACUCCCAGGAGCUCAUCGCCUUGCUCCUCCGACAGAACCCUCUGGAGAGGAUGGGCGCAGGAGGGGCGGCCGAGGUGAAGCAGCAUCAGUUCUUCUACAACCUGGACUGGAACAGCCUGCUGAGGCAGAAGGCCGAGUUCAUCCCUCAGCUGGAGUCGGAGGAUGACACCAGCUACUUCGACACUCGCUCCGAGAGGUACCACCACCUGGAGACGGAGGAAGAGGACACAAACGACGAAGACUUCAACGUGGAGCUGCGGCAGUUCUCCUCUUGUUCUCACAGAUUCUCCAAGGUCUACAGCAGCCUGGAUUUGUCCCGUGGGCUCCUGGAGGAGAAGGGGGAGGCCGAGGGGAAGAAGAGCGAGAGCCCGCUGACGGUCGACUCCCUCAGCUGGACGCCGGACUUUGCUGAAAUGCCCUCGCCCUCCCACUCGACGGACGCAGGCGGAAGCAAUCGGGGCCCUCGGCCCAACGUGCUGCCAAAGUUCGCCAUCUCGGCAGAGAGCGAAGGAGACGAGACGUCCGGCCUCGGGGACCCCAGCGGGACCUCCUUCUCCACGGGGGAGCUCCCGCAGGACGAGCCUGACGACACGACCCCCGGCAGCACGCACAGCGGAGCCACGCUCUCUGGGAGUUUCUCUGAACAUCUGGACCAGUUGACACCCAGGGGUGACGAGCUGGAGAGCCCCGACGGCGCCGGCCGGGCCGCUCACCCCGGCGCUCUGCGGCCCGACGGCGCGGCACAGAGGGCCGGAGCCGCGGCCAAAGUCCCCAAAUCCGUGUCAACCGGCGGCCUGUCACUCAUGAUCCCCGGCGAUGCGUUCGGGGCGUCUCCGCUGGCCAGCCCGCUCUCCCCCUACUCCCUCUCCUCGGACCCGUCCUCGAGGGACUCCUCCCCGAGCAGAGACUCCUCCCUCUGCAACGCCGUCCCGCGGCAGCCCGUCGUCAUCCACAGCUCGGGGAAGAAGUUCGGCUUCACGCUGAGGGCCAUCCGGGUGUACUCCUGCGACGGGGACGUCUACACCGUCUACCACAUGGUCUGGAAUGUGGAGGACGGCGGGCCUGCCCAUAAGGCAGGACUGAAAGCUGGAGACCUGAUCACUCACGUGAACGGAGAACCGGUGCACGGUCUGGUCCACACGGAGGUGGUGGAGCUCCUGCUGAAGAGCGGUAGCAAAGUGGCCAUCUCCACAACGCCGUUCGAAAACACUUCGAUAAAAAUGGGUCCGGCCAGAAGGAACAGCUACCGGAGCAAGAUGGUGAGAUGUGCCAAAAAGCCCAAGAAGGAGAAGACCCCAGAAAGGCGCCGCUCCCUCUUCAGACGCUUCGCCAUGCAGCCGUCUCCUCUCCUGCACACCAGCCGCAGUUUCUCCUCCCUCAACCACUCUCUGUCAUCUGGUGAGAGUCUCCCCGGCGUCCCCCCCACCCACAGUCUCUCCCCCCGAUCCCCUCCCGCCGCCCUCCGCCACACACCAGAACUCACCCAGUCAGGUGGCAACUCGUCCCAGAGCAGCUCCCCCAGCUCCAGCGCUCCGAACUCCCCCGCCGGCUCGGGCCACAUCCGUCCCAGCACCCUCCACGGCCUCGGCCCCAAGCUGCCGGGUCAACGGCUCCGACAGGGGCGCCGCAAGUCCGCCGGCAGUAUCCCCCUUUCCCCAUUGGCUCGCACGCCGUCGCCCACCCCGCAGCCGACGUCUCCUCAGCGCUCCCCCUCUCCCCUCUUCGGCGCCCAUCCCAUUUCCAAGACCAGCCAGGCCUUCCCGGCCAAGAUACAUUCCCCGCCCACCAUCGCGCGCCACAUCGCGCGCCCCAAAAGCGCCGAGCCCCCCCGCUCGCCUCUCCUGAAGCGCGUCCAGUCCGAGGAGAAGCUGUCGCCAUCUUACGCGGGCGAGAAGAAGCACCUGUGUCCCAGGAAGCACAGCCUGGAGGUGACCCAAGAGGAGGCGCAGGAUGAGGAGCCGGGACGCGGGGAGCGGGAUCACGCCGUCCUGCAGAGCGUGGAGGAAACGGGCCACCGCGUCCGACCCGUCGAGCAGGGCUGCUUGAAGAGGCCCCCCGGUCGCAAGCUGGGCCGCCAGGAGUCCGCCGAGGAGCUCGACCGCGAGAAGCUCAAGUCCAAGAUGGUCGCAAAGCGCCAGGACUGGUCGGAGAGGAGGGAGUCUCUUCAGAAGCAAGACGCCCUGCGCGAGGCCGAGUCGGCGUGUGGCGACGACCGGGAGGACGGCUUCCUCCUCCUCCUCCUCCUCCUCCGCGGCCCGGACGCCGGCCCCCCCGAGGGCCGAGCUGCAAGCGCGACCCUCAAAGACGUGCUGCAUAAGAAGCUCGGCACUCGGGCGCCCGACGGCGAGUCGCCCGCCGCCGGCCCCGAGAGCGACGCGGCACUCCGGUCGGCCCUCUGCGCCGCUCACUGCAGGACGGCCAGGGACAACGUGAAGCCCGACAGACUGGACUUCAAAGCCCCCAACGUCGAGUUCACCAGGAAGCGGCUGUCUUUCGAAGAGCGAGAAGACUGCAUGUGCCGGUUGUCCCCCGGCGUGCACGAGAACCCGCACUUUGGCUCCACCAGGUCCAAGAGCCUGCAGCUGGACACGGCCGCGGCUCACGAGCACAUGAAGGCGGGGCUCGCCAGCGUUCACUCCAGCCCCGAGGGUUUGUCCCCGAAGCUCUUCUCGGGCAGAGGCGAGAGCGCCGUGGAGAAACUCCAGCUCAUCUCCUCCGCCGAGUCUGCGCUCCGGAAGACGUCGUCGGAGUAUAAACCUGAAGGACGCCACGUGUCCUCGCUCAGACCCCUGGAGGGCACUCUGGACAUCGGCCUGCUCUCGGGGCCCAGAGUUUCUAAAACGGAAACCUGCUUAUCCAAAAUGGCGGAGAAUCCGAGCGACAACGUUUCUCCGAGUCCUCCGAUUUGGCUCCAGACGUCUGCCGAGAAACAAAUGAUGAAAACCGCAGACGCGCUAAAGAGCCCCUCGACUUCCUGCGCGAGCCCUGAAGCCGUUUCUUCUCUAAAUGGCAUUUUUGCCUCCAAAGGUCAAUCGAGUGACACAGAGGUUAAAAACGGCAAAGCACAAGACGGACACGGCGAGUCGCUGAAGGCUCAAAGCGGCAAAGCGGAGGCGUCGAGCGGAGGCCUCAAACCGCCUGUGAAGUCCGGCUCCCCGCUGGCUCACGACCACCGGGGCCCCCGACACGGCUGCCACUUCUCCUCCUGCGGGAAAACGCCCUCCAUACGGGAAGUCAGCAACGAGGAUCAGGAGGAGGAAGCGGAGCCGGGCGGGAAAACCCGGGAGGCUCCGGCCGCGGCGGCGCCCAGCGAACCGCGAGCCGCGCCGCCGCCGCCGAGGCACAGCGCGGGGAACGCGCCUCCUGCGCGAAGCUCUUCGCCCGUUCCUGAGAACGCCCCUUCGUCCCAGAAACCGCCGGUUUCUCUCGCAACACCGGCGUCUGGUUCUGUGGAAGAAGGUAAAAGCAGUUUGAAUCGGGACCGGCGGGAGAGAUCCGCCGCCGUCGGGUCGGCGGUGAAAGCAGUCGCUGGCGGCGGCUCGAAGGAGGAGGUCAACGCGCGUGUUGCUGUCCUGAAAGUGCAGCAGCAGAGAGGCGCUUCUGAAGCAAACAUGGUCGCCUCUUUGAAUAACGGGACGCUGAGGGAGAAGGACGACGGCGUUGGCGAGGAAGAGGAACCGACGGAGACGAAAAAGAUCGUCGCUGCGAGAAUCCAUCCAGCCGAAAAAGCCCGAAACAAACCCUCUGGUGCAGAAGAAAUCGCCAGCGUGAAGGAGAGCGCCGCAAAACCCAAGUGCCCGCCCCCGGCCGCCGCCAAGGAAGACGCUCAGCUGGCCAAAAGUAAGUGCAGGCCCGACCCGCGGCCCGCGGCACCCGCCGCCACGAAGACGCACACAAAAUCGCCGGAAGUGAAGUCUCGCGGCGCGGCUCCUCCCGGCCCCCCAGCCGGGGGCAGUCCCAACGCCAAGCAGAGAGAAGCCCCCGCUCAAACGACCCCGGACGCCUCCGUUCAGCCGCCGCAUUCCCCGAGAGAAGCCCCGCCCAGAGGCUCCGCGCCGCCGCCCAAACCGCCGCCCCCCGCCAAGGCCGCCCCUCCCUCGCCGGCUGGGAAGACCUCACCAGCUGGUAAACAAUGCCUCGAUCCCAAACACAAGGAGCCGUCCCCCAAGACCACAGCGCCCGCCGGGAGAAACCACCACGGCCCGAGACCAAAAGAUGUCGCCGCGGACGCCCCCUCCCCCCAGCCCGACGCGGCGAGGAAAGAACCGCCGAGCGGUGAGGCCGCCCCGGGCCGGGCCCCUGGCGCUGCGUUCAGAGCGACCAAGGAGGGCCCCAAGGCCGAAACGGCCAAACCCGACGGUCGCGGUGGGGGGGCGCCACCGCCGCCGCCGCCCCCUCCCCCGGACAAACAGGUGGCGUCCUCCGGCAAGAGGGAGCCGGAGAGGAAGAAAAAAGAGGCCGUUCAAGAGGGCGCGCCCGCGCAGAAAAACACUAAAAGAGACGCGACCAGAGCCGCCGCCGCCGAGCGGGACGCCGGCAGGAAGCAGCAGAAAGAGUCGCCGCGUAGUUCCUGCCAUAAAAAAUAAAGGGGGGGGGCGGGUUUGUGGAAGCAGCAUCACGCCUUCUUGAUUUCGGGGAGCGGGGGCGAGCUGUUGCAUGCUGGUUGGAGACGUGCGCGCUUACGUCCGAAUGUAGGAAGUCGUUUGCUGAUCAUUUCUGGUGUUUUUUUUUUUUACUUUUCACGUCAGGUUGGUUUUUGUUUCUGCUUCGUGCAAUCAGCGUGUCAGCGCGCGUGAGGAGGGGGCGGGGCCGGGGCUCGCUAGGCUCCGCCCCUUGGCCGUACAGUCCGUGCCAUAUUAAAGCGGCUUGAUUGCACUCUCACUUGGAACACAGGAGGAACCUGCAGGGGGCCUCGUGGUUCCGUGGGAUUCUCUUGUCGACGCACCGAGGGAAUAAAAACACGCCCGACUUUCCCCCCGAAAACUAAAAAUAGGGAAAUCAUCUCACAGUUCUGGGAAAUCCUAAAUCAGUGAAGGGGCCUUAGAAUUAUGGGAAAUUAAAAAAAAAACUUGCUGUUCCGAGCAAGCUGUGGUGUUCAUUUACAUUCCUCUGACAUGUGUACAUAUAUUUUGGGGAUUUUUAUGCAAUAUGGUGUAAAUAUGAGAACAUUGUUAAACUGGGACUCACGUGAUUGUCGUUUGUACUAAAGGUGUAGAUCAAUAUUAUGAGCUCGGUAUUUUUGUGGUUUAAAGUGAGCUCCCAUGAUGCAUUUCAUCGGAGGCCUCCUGUUUUUUGUGACUUUCCACACGGGGGGUGGUAGGGGGGGGGGGGGUCGGGGGCAAAUGGACUGUUUCUGAAAAUGUAGCAUUAAUCAACAAAACUGUGAGGGCCGUUCGCCCCCCCCACCCCCCCCAGGAAAGUCUAUCCGGUAUCACUGCAGUCGGUAAGCACAGAGGGGGCUUCAGAAGAUUUCUCGGGGGGGGUUUCGGGUCUUCGUGCUGGUCGAGUGUUUUUGGUGUCUCAGAGGAAUCAAAGAUUUCACACGCACUCAAUGUUAAACUCUUGGUACUAAUGUAGGCUGUCAUGUAUCUGCAUUCACUUUCUGCUAAAUCACACACACACAUUCAUCCUGUAGAUGAAUAAGAAGCCCUGAAGGAGGAGGAGACACGGAGUGUGUCAUGCAGUAUUCGCUCUGUUGUGUUAAAACGACCACGUGUACUCUCAUCGCGACCGGCCCAACGUGACGGAGUCUGAAGUUUAUCUUCACGAGAUUUUAACGAUGAAAAGGAUCUUUGCAUUAGAUAUUUUGUUGCUGCGUCGCUAAUGUAGUGUGUGUGAGAACAAAUGCACCUUAAUGUUUGCCCGGUAUUCGGUUGGGGAGGGCGAGGAGAAGGAAGCGGAACUGAAAUGAUUCAUGAAUUCCCGUCUCGUCUGUCAGAUUUAAACGAGUUCCAUUUGAUGAAAUAAAACUUUUUUUUUUUUUUCCUCCGGUGACGACUGACAUUUAAAAUCAGCAAAGCACAUUCAAUGUUUGUUUACAAAGCAUCAUGGAUGUAUAUUUUGUGUAUCGUUAUUUGCCAAAUCUGUGUAGUGUGUCAGAGCUGCUGUUCAUGGCGUAAGAACACGUGUUCGUGCUGUGAUCGAUGUCACACCUUCUUUCUCUGCUCGACUUUUUAGUUCCCUUUUUUUUUUUCUUCCUCCGUGCAAAACUAGUAUUAGAUGAACUCGCUCUCGAUGGUUUGUCUUUUAGAACAUGUGCAAUAAAAGUGUUUUGAGUUUUGUAUUUUGCCCAAGGAAAGCUCUAUGGGUGUCAUAGAUGUUGUAUAUUAAAACAGAUAUUUAUACUUCUAAUGUUGCGUAACACUGAAAAUAAAAUGGAACUAUGAGCUAA